AUGGUUGUUCUGCCAAUAGGAGGAGGAGGAGCAGGUGACGCUACGGCUGCUGCUGCUGUUGCUGCUGCAGCAAUGCCGGCAACACCGUCACGGAGGGGAGGGAGAGGGGGAAGGGGCAGGCGAUGGGCAUUGCUUGCGGCGGCAACAACCCUUGCCAUGCCGCCCUGCGCCAGGGGGUUUGCGCUGGCUCCGCAGGCGGAUGUGCGGCCGUCCAGAGCUACCGGCGCUAGCGGCAGCGGCGGCGGCGGCGGGCGAUAUUUCGGCAGGCUCGGGGGUGGGUGUUGUUCGACCUUGAGCGCUUCCGAGCUGAACGUUAACAACAACAACAACAACAACAACAACGCGAACGGCGUCGCGGCGGUGCGGAGGAGCGGAAGGGGAGCGGGGGGGUACGUGGCAAGAGGGGGGGGGGGGGCGUCGUCGGCUCUCUGCAUGUCCGCCGCCAGCACGGGGACGGCGGCUAACGACAUCACCAAGGCGGUCGACAACGCGAAACGUCUGACUGAGGGAGACUUGGAGAACCUCGAGCUGGCGAAAGGGCCGGCAGAAUUGAGCCGACGCCGUGCGGUUCUCAACCAGGCGUACCAAGAGUGCGAGCGUAUCACGGGCAUAUUCGCAAAGACCUUUUACCUCGGGACCAAGUUCAUGUCGCCAGUGGCACGCAAGGCGGUGUGGGCCAUCUACGUGUGGUGCAGGCGCACCGACGACAUCGUGGACGGGCCUAGAGCCAUGGUGCGGGGCAAGAAGAGCAUGCAGAAGGACUUGACAGACUGGGCGACUCGCCUGGAGAACGUGUGGGAGGGCAAGCCCAAGGACGCGUUGGACCUGGCUCUGGUUGACGUGAGGGAGAACUACCCCUCCCUUCCCAUCGCUCCGUUUAAGGACAUGAUCGACGGCAUGAUCAUGGACGUCCCCGGUAUCGGCAAGAACCGCUACCAGACCUUCGAAGAGCUCGAGCUAUACUGCUACCGCGUGGCGGGCACCGUGGGGUUGAUGGUGCUACCCAUCCUGGGGACGGCGGAGGGGGUGUCCGAGGAGGACGCUAAGUUUCCGGCGCUGUCCCUGGGGAUCGCGCUGCAGCUGACCAACAUCCUGCGGGACGUAGGAGAGGAUGCCGUACGGGGACGCAUCUACCUUCCGCUGGAGGACCUGGAAAAGUUCGGCGUAGAUCCCGAGAACAUCAUGAACGGCAUCCUCGACUCCAACUACAAGGAGCUCAUGCGCUACCAGAUCGCCCGCGCGAGAUUCUACUACAAGCAGGCAGCCAGGGGGAUCCCCAUGCUGUCCCCGGAGGGACGCCUGCCGGUGCAGGCUUCUCUGGACAUGUACGGUAAGAUCCUGACGGCGAUCGAGGGCAACAACUACGACAACUUCCGCAAGCGCGCGUAUAUCUCCAAGACGGAGAAGCUGCUGACCCUGCCCUUCUCGUACGCCAAGUCCCUCAAUCCGGGCCAGAUCAACACGAACAUCGACGACAGCGAGUUCAAGUUGACCCGAUUCGACAAGCUGGAAAUGGAGCGCGAGUCCUUCCCCGCGGGAGAAGACGACGACCAAUUUUAAAGGGAUCGAUACUGUUAACGCCGCCCGGGAGAAGUAGAACAAUACGCCGGGAUUGGACGAUGGGGGGGGGGAUCCGAAGAGAGGGAGGGGCGUGCGCGGCGAGGGGGGGUCCUUGUUACCAUUUCGAAGAGGCGUUUCGUGCACCGGAACCGAGGAUGGGGAGGGGAUUGGGGGUUGAAAAUUGUUGAAUUGAUGAACUACGUCACUUGUUUCGCUGUUUCUUGAUUGAUGUGUGAAAACGUUGUCGGACACUCGACCUCGCUGCCUGGGAAUUGAUUGUUUCGUUCCAGGGUUGUGAUUAGACGUAGGCAGCACAGAAGCUUUCGUGAAUAGGGGGCGGCGGAUUGUGGGGGGAAAAUUCUGGGCUUAAGGUCGAAGAUAGGGUACUGGCUUGGUGUUGAUGUUGCGCGCAACGGGCAGGAUGAUGAUUCGUAAAUUUCGGCCCUAUUUUUUUUUUUCCUUUUUUGUUUGGGGACGUUUUUUUUUGCUUUCUCUCAGAUUGGGUUGCUCGUGCGCCAAUUUCGCUGAUCGUUUUUUUGUCAGCCGGUGUUGUUGCAGUAGAGUUGGGCAGGAGAUCUGUUUUUUGUGUGUUUUGGUCUCCAGCUGGGGAGGGACCUCAAGCGUUUUGUGGACGAUGAUACUUAAUCGCGAUCUGAUUGGGUGCAGCAGUAGUUUUUGGCACGGGAAAGAGUGCACGCUUUUGUGUUAAGCAUACGUGGAAUUUAUCCGUG